AGGCAUUGGCAGGAAGGGCUCCUCUCUAUGGUAAGUGUCAGUUCCAGGCAGCCAUGCUGUGUGUGUACAAGGACAAACCCUCUGCUACUAUGAUCCAGCAGCAGCAGCUCUAGUUUCUCUGCAGUUGCCGUUAUGAUCCCAUCAACCUUUCUCGGCGGCCUCCGACUUCUGCGAGCGUCGGCUCCGCGCUGGAUGAAGCGCGGGGCAGAGAUCACGGCGCCCACAUGGCAGCCACAGAGGUCCCACCGCCUCUACCCGACCGGCGAUGAGUUGUAUGAGAAGACAACAGCGACCCGCUUGGAAAGGGACUCCCCAGAAAUAAUGUUUGUGGAGAGUUACAGCCGACAAGGCUUCAUCAUCAAUGGGAAUCAGGUUGUCGGGCCCUGCGCCCUAAUCCCCUGUGCCAUCCUCCAAUGGAAUGUUCUCUCCUAUAGAGACAUCUCCUACGAAAGUCUAUCCUUGUUCCGCUUACUGGUUCCCAGGAUAGAGAUCCUGGUUCUGGGCACCGGCGACCGUGUAGAAAGACUGGAUCCAAAACUAUUAAAGAUAAUGAGAGAGAACGGGGUGGCUGUGGAGGUUCAGGACACGCCCAACGCUUGUGCCACAUUCAACUUUCUUACUAGUGAACGACGAUUAACAGCAGCCGCCUUCAUUCCAGUCGUCAGAGACUAGAAGCUCAUAUCAUUUACAAGCCAUUUUGCAAUGCUAAAAAGAAUGGACCCCCUAAGAAGCAAAACUGACACAUGAGUUCUGUUUGAUGGAAGUUACUUGGUAAAACUGCAAAUUACUGAGAAGGUGUCUCGUUAGUUUUUGGUAUCUAUCGUCAGGACUCCUGUAGAAAAGGAUCAAAGCUACUUGGACAGCUUACUCCAGCGCUUGGUGGCUAUAGGUUUUUUUUUUUCUUCUUUUCUCUCUGAACCUUGUUAGAAGGGCACCUACUGUCCAUACAUAGAGGCUUGAGAAUGGGGUCUGAUCCAAGUGAACAAGAACAUUAAAAAAAAAAAAUGUAUCAGUCU